AAUCCAUAUAAGUAAAGUAGAACUAGUCUGGAACGAGAAAAUGGAAGGAAGUAUAGAGCUUGUUUUCAUUCCCGCCCCUGGAAUGGGCCACCUUCUCUCCGCCAUCGAAAUGGCCAAGCUCCUCCUUCAGAAACGCCGCAUCAGCGAUGAUCUCUCUAUCUCUGUAUUGAUGAUGGAACCUUCCUUCGACUCACUUCUUGCAGCCCACGACGAACCGUCCUCCAGAUUGAAGUUCGUGCUUCUCUCUGCUUCCACGACGACAGAUAACACCAACAAGGCCACCUACUUCCGUUCCCUCAUCGAAUCUCACAAGCAAAGUGCGAGUGAAGCCGUUCGCACAAUCCAGACCCGGACGGCUUCAGGCGGCACAAGGCUCGCCGGCAUUGUUGUGGACAUGUUUUGUACCGACAUGAUGGACGUGGCCGACGAGUUAGGAAUCCCGGCGUACGUGUUCUACACUUCCGGCGCCGCCAUGCUCGGACUCCAUCUCCAUCUCCAGGAGCUCAGGGAUGUCCACCGGAAAGACGUCUUCGAGUUCAAGGAGUCAGACUCAGAUCUGGAAGUCCCGACUUAUUCCACACCUUUUCCGGUAAGGUUUCUACCGGCGAAUACGCUGAACAAGACCGGCGGCGAAUCCGACAGGUUUUUGGAUAUUGCAAAGAGAAUCCGAGAGGCGAAGGGCAUACUUGUCAACACGUUCCCCGAGCUUGAGCCACACGCUCUCAAAGCCCUAUCCAAAGAAGAAUCAAGGAAGAUCCCGCCCGUGUACCCAGUGGGACCCGUACUCAACUUGCAAGGUGUAAAGAACAAAGAGUCCGACGAAGAAAUAUUUGAGUGGCUUAACGAUCAAAAGAAGUCAUCUGUGGUGUUCCUCUGCUUCGGAAGCGGCGGCAGUUUCACGGAGGAGCAAGUGAAGGAGAUCGCCGACGCACUCGAGCAUAGCGGGCAGAGGUUCUUGUGGGCCCUGGUGAAGCCAACGCCAAAAGAUGUCGACCUCAACAAAUCGAAAGACAUCCUCCCAAAAGGUUUCUCAGAAAGGACUAAAGGCAUCGGAAAAGUGAUCACCGGAUGGGCGCCGCAAGCCGCCAUUCUAGCUCACGCCGCCGUGGGGGGCUUCGUGUCGCACUGCGGGUGGAAUUCGACUCUAGAGAGCGUGUGGUUCGGAGUUCCCAUGGCGGCUUGGCCAAUUUAUGCAGAGCAACAGGCGAAUGCAUUCCAAUUGGUGACGGAUAUUGGAAUGGCAGUGAAUCUUAAAUGGGAUUACAAGAAAGCCCUAACAUCUGAAAAACCUGCAAAGACGGUGAAAGCAAAUGUGGUAGAAGCGGCAAUCAGAAAGCUUAUGGUCCACCCUUCUCCUACGAGGGAUAGGGCUAAAGAACUUAAACAGAAGAGUAGAGAGGCUGUGCAGGAGGGUGGCUCCUCCAAUGUUCUUCAGUCUUUCUUCCAUGAAGUCUUUAACAACAACCUCAAAAUUAAAGGAGCAAAUGAUGUUAAAGAGAAAACUUCUGAGUUGGUUUGGGAGGAGAGCAAAAAGCAAGUUAUGGAAUUAAGAGAGAAUAUUAUGAAAGUUCAUGGGGAAGUUGGUGACUUACGAGUUGCAUUGCAAUCUGAAAUUCAAGGAAGGAGGAAUUACAUAUUGUUGAUUGCAAUUGUUAUGGUAGCCAUGGCUAUCAGGUAUUACCGUGUACUAUAAGAAGAGAACUACAUUGUAAUUGUGUGGUUCUUGUGACUACUAAUUACAACUUGAAGUAACUGUGUAUGAUAAUGUAAUAUGCAAUUUGAAUUUCUAAAUUUCAAUGUUUGUGUAAGUAAGUUUUAUGUGUACAUCAUCUGUUAAUGUACUUGGUAAAAAGUAUCUUCCUUGAAAUGUUGUUUGUGAUAAAAAUGAAAAGCUUU